AUGUCUUCUUCUUCCUUCAAACUCAAAUGCUUCCAAUGUUUUCUCAUGUGGCAUGUCUUGGCUGCAACAUCCAUUUUGUCAUCAUCAACAGAUCAUUCCUCAAUCGACAACUUUCUAGACAUUGCCAAGAGUCCUGAGGUUUUCGAUUGGAUGAUCAGUAUUAGAAGGAAGAUUCAUGAGAAUCCUGAAUUGGGUUAUCAAGAAUUUGAGACAAGUAAACUGAUAAGAUCAGAAUUGGACAAAAUGGGUAUAGCUUACAAACAUCCAGUUGCAAUCACUGGUGUCAUUGGUUUCAUAGGAACUGGACUCUCUCCAUUUGUUGCUUUAAGAGCUGAUAUGGAUGCUCUUCCUGUGCAGGAAAUGGUGGAGUGGGAGCAUAAGAGUAAAGUAGCUGGGAAGAUGCAUGCUUGUGGUCAUGAUGCUCAUGUUACUAUGCUACUUGGUGCUGCAAAGAUUCUCAAAAAGCAUGAAAAAGAAAUACAAGGAACAGUUGUUCUUGUUUUCCAACCUGCAGAGGAAGGAAGAGGAGGAGCUAAGAAAAUUGUAGAAUCUGGAGUAUUAGAAAAUGUUACAGCUAUCUUUGGACUGCACGUUGUUCCUGAUUUACCAGUAGGAGAAGUGGCCUCUAAUUCUGGUCCAAUACUAGCAGGAAGUGGCAGAUUUGAAGCGAAAAUAAUUGGAAAAGGAGGUCAUGCUGCUAGUCCUCAUGAGGCUAUAGAUCCUAUAUUGGCAGCUUCCAAUGUGAUCGUUAGCCUACAGUACAUUGUUUCUCGUGAAGCUAAUCCUUUAGACUCACAGGUUGUGACAGUUGCAAAAUUCCAAGGAGGUAGUGCAUUCAAUGUCAUUCCAGAUUAUGUCACAAUUGGUGGCACCUUCCGAGCUUUUUCUAAACAAAGCUUCAACCAUCUGAGAGAGAGGAUUGAACAGAUUAUUGUCGGACAAGCUGCUGUGCAUAGAUGCAAUGCGACUGUCGAUUUCCUUGAAGAAGAGGAACCAAGCUAUCCUCCAACCGUAAAUGAUAGUAAGUUGCAUGAGCAUUUUGUGAAUGUUGCAGUAAAUAUGCUUGGAAUCGAUAAAGUUGACAGUGCCAUGAAACCAGCCAUGGCAGCUGAAGAUUUUUCAUUCUAUCAAGAGGUCAUGCCUGGUUACUUCUUCAUGCUUGGAGUGCAGAAUGAUUCACGUAACCCGUCCGAGUCAUCAAUACACUCACCUUAUCUCGAAAUCAAUGAAGAUGGAUUUCCUUAUGGAGCUGCACUUCAUGCAUCAUUAGCUUCUAGUUAUCUACUAAAACACCAGCAAAACAUGCUUCGUGCUGCUGACAGCAAAUAUCCUUAUGAAAUAUAA